AUUAUUUUGUAAAGAAAGAAUAAUCAACGUGAACAGACACACUCUUCGACUCUCACAGUGCAGAUUACUUCUCAGAUUUCCGUAUCGUUAGGAAACAAUGAGAAUUGCAGCUCUAAGAAAUAUAGCUGGUUCAAUUUCAAAAGCCCUAAUAUCUCCCACCUCAACGACAUCGUUUUUCCCCUCUCCAAAGCUAGAUUACAAUCGGUUCGCUCUCGUCUGCCGCGGCGGAGGCGGAGGCUCAUUUCCAAAUCAGCUGAGCCGCCGUUUCAGCAUUUUCUCCGAGUCAAACCAAUUUAACAGCUUAACCGACACUCGCUUUCCAAAGAGAAGACCGCAGAUUGAUAAAUCUCGUCGUAAACGAUCAAGCCUGAAACCUCCUGGACCAUAUGCUUGGGUAAAACAUGCUCCUGGCGAACCAAUUCAGCCAAGUAAUCCGAAUAAAGGCAGUGUCAAGCAAAGGAAUGAGAAGAAGCGCAUCAAGCUUCAUCGAGCUUUUAUAAAGGUAGAGGCAAAGAAGCGGAAAGUUGAGAUGCAGGAAGCAAAGAAGAAGAAACUAGUGAAGAGAGUAGAACGGAAGAUGGCUGCAGUGGCAAGGGAUAGAGCUUGGGCACAAAGAUUGGCCGAGCUUCAGCAGCUUGAGCAAGAUAAGAAAAAAUCCAUGGCAUAGUUCUUUUCUCAUUUCUAAGGUUUAAUGCUGUGUUUGGAUGCUUCUCUUUUUUCAAUGAGAUUGUUUUCAUUAUAAACAAUUUUUAUCUCAUUACUUUCUAUGUGAAAUUAAAUUUUGAAUUUAGAA